AUGCGGUUCUCCACACGAAAUGCCUUCUAUUUGAGGGCUUCAAACUACCGCGUGGUACCGUUAUUCCUUUACCUCGACGAGCGCCAUGUGGACUGGAUGAGCGAGCAGGUCCUGCAGCUCGUCAUGGCCGACUUGAAACCAAAUGUUGAGCACCUCCUCACGGUUGAGAAGAACGAAAAGAAGCAUCGCGUACAUGUUGAACGUGGAGAUUCUUACCAGUAUUGUUAUUUUCUGAGGAAGACGACCCGUACCGAGGUUGUGCUCCUGAAGAAAAAGACAUUCUCGUUACGUCCUCCAUCUCCUCCCCCUGCCCCCAGGCCUAUCGUCUCCUCGACCCGCAAGCGCAAGGCUCCAUCAGCCGCGCCUCGGUCCCGCUCCUCGCGGUCGCGCACUCGAUCAAUGAGCGUUGCCUCUGCGGUGGAGGAAGCGGACGACGACGACCACGACGAAGACAUCCAGGUCAAGGAAGAGGUGGUGGAAAUUGAUGAGGAAAGGGCGACGGCGGAGCCUGAGGAAGAAGAGGAGACCAACAUCAAGGACUGGAAGCCUGACGUGUCACUGUCAUACCAAGGUGAGCUACAGGCGCUGAGGGUCGGCUGA